ACCUCUAGGCGAGAAGAACGUGUGGUGUCGUGUACUCAGUGUUCCGUCAGGCUUCAGUUGCAUCCAAGCAGUUUGUGUGCGUUAGUGUACCAAGGCGAAGGAGGGGAGGGUUUUCUUUCUCGAAUGGUUGACCUAGGCCAAUUCACCGGGAGAUCCCUGGCUCAGCAGAGCGGCCUCGAUCUAAGGUUAUCUACCGGUGAUAUUAACCGAAGCUGUGAAGUCGAGCAGUCGCUCAUUAUGUGUUCCGAGCAAACAUAUGGUGAGGUGAACCAGCUCGGAGGAGUGUUUGUAAACGGCCGACCACUACCCAACACGACCCGGCUACGGAUCGUGGAACUAGCCCAACUCGGGAUCAGACCGUGCGACAUCAGCCGGCAGCUUCGAGUCUCGCACGGGUGCGUCAGCAAGAUCCUAGCACGCUACAACGAGACGGGGUCCAUCCUGCCGGGUGCCAUCGGGGGCAGCAAGCCCAGGGUGACCACCCCGAACGUCGUCAAGAAGAUCCGCGACUACAAGCAGCGAGACCCCGGUAUCUUCGCCUGGGAGAUACGGGACAAGCUUCUGGCGGAGGGUGUGUGCGAUAAGUACAACGUACCGUCCGUUAGCUCAAUCAGCAGAAUUCUCCGCAAUAAGAUUGGCAACAGUACCCUAGCCCAUCUUCAGCAUGUGUAUGACCCAACCAAGGACUCCCACCGGUCCCUGUACAGUCCUAUCUAUUCAUACCCUUGCCCGUCUCCAGCGAACUCCAAGGCCGCAAUGGUAGCUGCAGCGGCGGCAGGUCCAUGUGGUCCCAUGAGACAUUGUCACUGGCCCUCCUCGCACACAGUCAACGACAUUUUGGGCUUCAGAUACCCCGGUACUGGUGAUCCACAUGCAUCAGCGACAUCUGCCGGUGGAUUGGAGCACGGCGCGGGGGGUUUGUCCCCGUUCUACACUACCCCGACCCUCGUAGAUUGA